UAUGCCGCGCAUGAGAUGACGACGACGACGACGGCGACCACCCAUCUCCGCUCCCUCUCCGCUGCCAUCUUCGUCUUCUUCUCUUCCUUCGCCGCCCUCUCCGCCGCCGCCCAUGGGGCCGCCACCCCGACCCACGACCCCAAGCACCGCCACCUCCUCCACCACCUCGACGAGUUCGGCGACCGCGGCGGCGGGAGCGUCGCCGUCGACGUGUCCAUCUCAUUCGAGAACCCCCGCCUCCGCAACGCCUACGUCGCCCUCCAGGCCCUGAAGCAGGCCAUCGUCUCCGACCCCAACAACUUCACCGCCAACUGGGUCGGCCCCUCCGUGUGCGACUACUCCAACGUGUUCUGCUCCCCCGCCCCCGACGACCCCAGCGUCCGCACCGUCGCCGGAGUCGACCUCAACCACGGCGACAUCGCCGGUUACCUCCCGGAGGAGCUCGGCCUGCUCGCCGACCUCGCCCUCUUGCACCUCAACUCCAACCGGUUCUGCGGCGCCGUGCCGCGGAAGUUCCGGAACUUGAAGCGGCUCUUCGAGCUGGAUCUGAGUAACAACCGGUUGGCCGGGAAGUUCCCGAGCGUCGUGCUGGAGCUCCCGGCGCUCAAGUUCUUGGACCUCCGGUUCAACGAGUUCGAAGGGUCGGUCCCGAGGGAGCUCUUCGACAAAGAUCUGGACGCCAUUUUCAUCAACGACAACCGGUUCCGGUUCAGCCUGCCGGACAAUCUCGGCCACUCGCCGGUGUCGGUCAUCGUCCUGGCGAACAAUGACUUCGGCGGGUGCCUCCCUCAGAGCAUCGUCGAGAUGAAGAACUUGAACGAGGUCAUACUCGUGAACAACGGGUUCAAAUCUUGCUUGCCGCCGCAGUUGGGGAGGCUCAAGAACGUGACGGUCUUCGACGUUAGCGUCAACCAGCUGGCGGGUCCGCUGCCGGAGAGCGUGGGCCAGAUGGUGAGCUUGGAGCAGUUGAAUGUGGCUCACAAUAGGUUGUCCGGGAAGAUUCCGGCGAGUGUUUGUGGUUUGCCGAAGUUGCAGAACUUCACGUUCUCGGACAACUUCUUCACCGGAGAGCCGCCGGCUUGCCUGCGACUGCCGGCGGUGGAUGACCGGAUGAACUGCUUGGCGGAGAGGCCGUCGCAGCGGUCGCCGGUUCAGUGUAGGGCGUUCUCGUCCAGACCGGUGGAUUGCAGUGCUUUCGGAUGCUCUCGUUCCUCUGCUCCUUCUCUUUCGCCGCCGUCCCCACCAGCCGUCUCUCCGCCGCGGCCGGUGGCGCAGCCUGUUCGCUCCCCUAGUGGCGCUCCAUCGCCAAUGCCAGUGGCUCCGACCCCGCCCGUUGGAGAGCCACCGCAGUCGGCGCCUGGUCCUUCCACUUCGCCAUCUGGUAGCUCUCCAUCACCAAUGACAGCGGCUCCGACUUCCCCGCCCGUUAAAGAUCCACCGCAGUCGGCACCUGUUCCUUCCACUUCGCCAUCUGGUAGCUCUCCAUCGCCGUCACCUCUGUCGUCGCCGCCGCGGCCGGUGGCCCCGCCUGGUAGCUGUUUAACGCCGUCACCCACUGCACCUUCCUCGUCCCCGAGGACACCGCCUGUCCACUCGCAUCCACCACCGUCUGGAUCUACAUUGCCACCUCCCCCAGUUUCUUCACCACUCCUGCCACCUCUGCCAUCGCCGCCCGUUUACUCGCCUCCCUCGCCCGUUUACUCAACGCCUCCUCCGCCGUUUUACUCACCAUCUCCCCCGCCACCGGUUUACUCUCCAUCUUCCCCACCUCCUCCGCCACCAUACUCUCCACCCACCCAUUACUUCCCUAACUCCCCACCACCACCACCUCCACCUCCACCGUCAUCUCUACAUUCUCCUCCACCACCGCCGGGCCAUUCUCAACCUCCACCACCUCAUGUAGAGAAGUCGCCACCAUCGCCAUCCACCCAUUAUUUGCCACCGCCACCCGCCCACUCAUAUACCCCGCCUCCUGCCCACCAUCACGAGUCCCCGCCGCCGCCGCAAGCUCACGAUCACUCGCCCCCUCCUCCCCAAAUUCCAUGCGAACAACUGCCGCCGCCUCCGCCAUCCCCGCCGCCCCCGGCCCCUGCAUACAAGGGGCCAAUGCCACCAAUUAAAUCAGUCCCAUACGCUUCUCCUCCGCCACCACCUUUCUAUUAAUUCUUUUUCGAGAAUUUGCCUUUUUUCCCCCUCCCCAGCCUCUCCCAAAUUUGCACCCAAUCGGAUUUCAGCAAUAUGGCAUUUUCGGAUCAUGUGCAGAGUUGGCUUGUUCGUUGUAAUUUCUUUGAAAAAUCAGUCGACGACAAAACUGUGGUCAAAGCAAAGAGGGAAAGACGAGAGAGUCUCCACAAUCUGCUUAUUUUUAAUUUAUCUUGGGAAUAUUAUUUCCGAGUUUGUGAAAUAAAUUUGAAGAAGAGUAGAGCGAAUGUAAGGCUGUAGGAUUGUAUUAUGUAUAUCGGUCAUCGUUAAUGGGAUUGAUCUCCAAUCAGGGUCACAACCUGCUGUUUGAAUCGGUACUGUCUUCUGGUUCUGCAUCA